AUGGAUUCCACAGCGGACCCUGAUGCGAGCAGCACUGACUACUACUAUCCAGACAGCAAUUCAAGUCCCUGCAGUGGGGAAGUGAUCCAGAAUGGAAGCAAGUGGUUGCUUGCCACCUUUUACUGCCUCUUGUUCGUCUUUGGUCUCCUGGGAAACAGCCUGGUCAUCCUAGUCUUGGUAGCCUGCAAGAAGCUGAGGAGCAUCACCGACGUGUACCUCCUCAACCUGGCCCUGUCCGACCUGCUCUUGGUGUUCUCCUUCCCCUUUCAGACCCACUAUCUGCUGGACGAGUGGGUGUUCGGGCUAGUCCUGUGCAAGGUGGUCUCUGGCUCCUAUUACCUCGGCUUCUUCAGCAGCAUGUUCUUCAUCACCCUCAUGAGUGUGGACAGGUACCUGGCCAUCGUCCGCACCGUGUAUGCCCUGAGAGUGAGGACUGCUCAGAAGGGCAUUGUGCUGAGUCUGAUUGUGUGGCUGACCGCCCUCGUGGCCACCAGCCCCUUGCUGGUGUUUUAUCAAGUGGACGUGGAAGAUGGCGUCCGCCAGUGCUAUUCCUUUUAUGACCAGCAGACUGUGAAGUGGAAGCUCUUCAUCCACUUCGAAAUGAAUAUCUUGGGCCUGUUGGUCCCCUUCAGCAUCCUCAUCUUCUGCUACGUCAACAUCCUGCACCAGCUGAAGCACUGCCAGAACCACAACAAGGCCAAGGCCAUCAACUUGGUGCUCAUCGUGGUGGUCACCUCCUUCGUCUUCUGGGUUCCCUUCAACGUGGUCCUCUUCCUUAUGUCCCUGCAUGAUCUGCAUGUCUUGGAUGGGUGCGCUGUAAGUCAGCGGCUCAUUUAUGCCACCCAUGUCACAGAAAUCAUCUCUUUCACCCACUGCUGCAUGAACCCUGUGAUUUAUGCUUUCCUGGGUGAGAAGUUCAAGAAACAUCUCUCUGAAAUAUUCCAGAAGAGCUUCAGCCUGGUCUCCCCCUACCUUGGGAUGCCUGUCCCGAGAGAAAGCGGGGAAAAGUCCUCCUCCCACCAGGUGUCCUCCCGAUCUUCCAGUGCGGACUACAUUUUGUGA